GAACCGUCGGGCAGCAGUCGUCGCCACUGUGCGUCGCUGAAGAUGUUGCAGCAGCAGCCUCUGACGGGCAAUGGGGCCUCCAACGGCCGGGGACUGGGCAUGAGUGGCCACCCCGGGAUGCAUGCGCUUAACUCGGUUCAUCAACCUUCCCAGCACCGGUCCGACGGAGGGGACUCCGGCCUCGAGGGCACAGAAAACGGACAUGAAACCCGCAGAGAUAUUGGUGACAUACUGCAGCAAAUAAUGACCAUCACCGACCAAAGUUUGGAUGAGGCACAAGCAAAGAAACAUGCCCUCAACUGUCACCGAAUGAAGCCUGCAUUGUUCAGCGUUUUGUGCGAGAUCAAAGAAAAGACUGGCCUGUCCAUGAGGAACAACCAGGAGGAGGAGCCUCAGGACCCUCAGCUGGUGCGACUGGACAACAUGCUGCUGGCAGAGGGCGUGGCGGGGCCGGAGAAAGGAGGUGGUGCUGCUGCUGCCGUGUCUGCGGCCACCAGCUCAGGAGGGAUGUCACCCGACAGCUCACUCGAGCACUCCGACUACAAAAGCAAGUUGAGCCAGAUUCGCAGUAUCUACCACACUGAGCUGGAGAAGUACGAGCAGGCGUGCACAGAGUUCACCACCCAUGUGAUGAACCUGCUUAGGGAACAGUCACGCACGCGACCCGUCACUCCACGAGAGAUUGAGCGCAUGGUGGCCAUCAUCCACCGCAAGUUCAGCUCCAUCCAGACCCAGCUCAAGCAGAGCACCUGUGAAGCAGUGAUGAUCCUGAGGUCCCGUUUCCUUGAUGCUCGGCGCAAGAGGCGUAACUUCAGCAAACAGGCCACAGAGGUCCUGAAUGAAUAUUUCUACUCCCACCUGUCCAACCCUUACCCCAGUGAAGAAGCCAAAGAGGAACUUGCCAAACAGUGUGGGAUCACCGUGUCUCAGGUCUCCAACUGGUUUGGCAACAAGAGAAUCCGCUACAAGAAAAAUAUUGGCAAGUUCCAAGAAGAAGCCAACCUCUAUGCCAUGAAGACAGCCUUGGGAGCCAGACAGGGUGAUGAUUCUCCACACACUCCCAACUCCACAGGAUCUGGGUCUUUCUCUCUGUCCGGCUCUGCUGACUUGUUCCUCGGCGUGCCACCGGUGAACGGAGAACAGUCGGCCUAUCAGAUGGGAGUGCAGGCUAACGGAAACUGGCAGGGUCGAAACUCGCCUCCUCCCGGCGCCUCCCCCAACAGCGACCACUCGGACAACUCUGACUGAUGGCCCCCGGCCCCACUGGCACAGAAUGACAGCGACAGGACGAUUGACGCCAGAAAAGACAGAAAAGAAUGAUAUCACACCUCCCACUUCGGCUGCAGUUGUGUUUUUUUGUACGUCAUUUAGGUUUGGUUAUUUUAAAGAUGGAUAUUUUGUUUGUUUGUUUGUUUUUUUGUCUUUUUCUUUCCUUAACGCUCAGCAUUGGUCAUUAUUAUUAUGUUUGGAUGAUUUUUAGCUGAGUGCAUGGAUGGUAGAGUGAUUUAACUGUGUGAGUGUGUGUAUGUGUGUGUGUGUGGUGUGCUUGCAGGUGUGGUUUUAUUAUCGGGGUUGAGGGGUUUGUUUUCCACUACUUUUGACAUGUUACUGAGAUGUGUGUUAGUGGGUGGGAUGGGGAAUGUGCAAGGGGGGCUGCAUUAUCAUUGUUUUUAGCACACUAUAUCAUUAUAAUUAAUAUUAUUGCUGUUUUAUUAUUAGUGCUACAAGUAUUUUAUGGUUUUCAUUUAAAAGGCUCAGAAAGAGAGAAUGCAUUUAUUGAAUGAGAGGGCAAUAGCGAAAAAUCCAAAGACUUUGUGUGUUUGUUUCUGUUUUUUUGGUGUUGUUUUUUUCUUUUUCUACUGGGCCUACAUGUCCCUGGAAAAAUGAAUGAGGCGUGCCUGAGUCCACAUUAACGGUUUGAAUGAGUAUAUCAACAGUGCUGUCUUUUUUUCUGUACAGUGAAACACCUGUAUACUCUCUACCUCUUUUACAAUAAAGACUCUCUGUAUUCACAAGCA